AAUUAUUUUUAUCACCUGACCCUUUUCGGUUCAGUGUUUUUAUUCAGUAUACUGAUCUGUAGAUCUAACAACCAGUGUCAAAAUAUCAAUGACCGAGUCAUCAUCAAGCCCAAACAAAAGGACGCAAUGGAGUUGACCUAUAUGAACUACCUGUUCUCAUUUUUCUUCAGUUUGUUUACUAUCAAAGAAGGCCCAUUACUGUUGACACCUUUUCUCAAUUCAGGGGACAUCACUAAAGCUCGCACGCUCAGCCUUGUGCAUGACAAAGAAGGAGUUAUCCCGCCUAGCCACGCCGGAUUUAUCACUGUGGAUGAAAAGCUGAGAAAUCACUUAUUCUUUUGGUUCUUUCCCACGACCAGCAGACGAUCGGAAGCCCCACUUUUGCUGUGGCUAAACGGUGGACCUGGAGUGUCAUCGAUGGUCGGUCUCUUCUACGAAAAUGGUCCACUUCGGGCAGUGACAGCGGACUCGUAUACAGCAUGGAACAAAUCGUGGACCAAUUCCUUCUCCAUGCUCUACAUAGACAACCCUGUCGGCUGUGGCUUUAGUUACUCUGAAAACAUACCCCAGGGUUAUCGGACCACAGACGAAGAAGUUGCAAUGGACUUGUAUUCCUUUCUGGAGCAAUUUUAUGCCAUGUUCCCAGAGUUCAUGAGCAGGGAACUUUACAUUGGAGGCCAGUCCUACGCCGGGAAAUAUAUUAGCUCACUUGGUCACCUUCUUCAUUCAAAACUCCAAAGUGGGGCUUCGAAAUUACCAUUUACAGGGGCGUUUAUUGGAGGGGCCUUCUUCGAUCCUUAUACGCAGAUGCUUCUGGCAGCAGAAUUCUACUACACAAUGGGGGCAAUGUCAUUGAGACAAAGAAAUGAAUUCAAAGAAACUUGCAUUCAAAAAUGGCCAGUUCUAUCUGCAUGCGACGCCAGCAACAUUAUACGAAAUCUGGAUUAUGACUCUAUUGACAACUACAUGGCUCCUAAAAAGUUUCCAGAGUUUAUUGAAAAGGUCAUGAACUUGGAAAAAGUCAAAAAAAUAGUGCAUGUUGGCAGCAGACGUUUCCAGAUCAAGAACACUGAAGUGCGCAAUAAGCUGAGCUAUGCACUCCUGGAAAGUUCUAAAUCUAAGCUGGCGGUUCUCUUGGACAACUACAAGGUGCUUCUCUUUGAGGGAGACUUCGAUGGCAGGGUGCCUACUGUCAGUGUAGAAGGCGCCCUGCUAACAACGCCGUGGUCACUCCAGGAGACGUACAACAGUUCAGCUAGGACUGUGUGGCAUCAGGGGGGCAAACUAUUUGGAUCAUUUAAUAGGACUGGCAACUUCUGUAGGGUGGUCCUUAGAAAUGCUGGACACCACGUUCCACAUGACCAGCCGGACAUCUCUCUGAUUAUGAUGGAACAUUUUGUCAACCACGGCUGUAUAUCUCAGUGAACUAAGUGAUUUAUCUCUCUCUCUGUCUAUAUUUAUAUAUAUAUAUAUAUAUAUACAUACAUACCUACAUGCAUACAUACAUACAUACAUACAUACAUACAUACAUACAUACAUACAUACAUACAUACAUACAUACAUACAUAGAUUAUGAUUGUGUCUACAAAGUCAAGUGAAUAGCAGUACUCUACGAACUAAAAUGCAUUAUCUAUCUAUCUAUCUAUCUAUCUAUCUAUCUAUCUAUCUAUCUAUCUAUCUAUCUAUCUAUCUAUCUAUCUAUAUAACUAUGUAUGUAUGUAUGUAUGUAUGCAUGUAUCUGUCUGUCUGUCUGUCUAUAAAUGUAUCUAUCAGUCUUUUUAUCUAUUGACACAUGAAUAUAAUCGACAUAUUAGUGGCUCUAAUGCAGAUAAUCCAAAAUAUAUUUUUCUGACUUCAUUCCAUGAUUCCGUUUUAUAAAAUUUAUAGAUAAACACAAUUAUAUUUACCGUUUCAGAGAUUUUCAUGGGGGUUGAAAGAAUUAUACAAAUUAUUAAACUUUUAAUGAUUGAACUAAACAAAAAGUUGGUUGUCCUGUUCAUUCUGAGAAUAUUUAAGUACAUUUUUCAAACGGCAUUCUAUUUUUCCUUGGCACAGUCUGCAAAAGAGCUCACAGCUCACCAGCAAAAGGAUGGCUAGAAGAAGAAGAUGUCUAUUUUUCACGGUAUUUGCAAUGGGCAAUCUCGCCCCACUGUGUGUAUGAACAACUUAUUGUAUGAUGCAGUACAAUACGAUUGAGAUUGCAUCUACAGCACAGGAAUUAAAAAAUCUGGAGUUAUUAAAGAACUUCAUCCUGCCAUCAAAUCCCAUAAUGAAUGGUUUCUUUUUUUUUGUCAUUUAUGUCGUGACAUUCUGCACGGGGAGCUAUGCGCAGGGAAGCGCUUUCUUUGAGGGUCAAUACAAGCGCUAUAAAAAAACAACAACUUAAAAGCUCCUUAAAGGAAUGUGACAUUGACAUUCACGGCUCUGAAGCUCUAGCUCUCGAUCGCUCCUCAUGGCGUGAAGAUGUGAGUGUCGCAUUCACGAGUUAUGAAGCAAGGAAAGUGGCCAGCAAGAAAGCGCGCAGAGCCAACAAAAGGCUGAGAGAAGAAGCAGGCCUAUCUGCAACUGACCAAACCUACCAAUGCCACGUAUGCGGCCGAGGAUUGGACUUAACAUUCAUGUUCUUUGUUCAUAGGAUUUGAGAAAUGUGCUUAUAUAUCAUUACAGGCGUUCCUUACAAAAACAAAACAAAAUAAAUAAGUCUUUUAAGAGUAAA